CCGUCUGAUUGGCUGCCCCGGGCACAUGUUAGUGUGCGGUGCGCUGCUGCGGGCAGAAGAGAAUGGAGGUGCCGGUGCGGGAUGGCUGGUUUCGGGAGACGUGCAGCCUGUGGCCCGGGCAGGCCAUGUCCCUGCAGGUGGAGGAGGUGCUGCACCACAGCAAGAGCCCCUUCCAGGAGAUCCUGGUGUUCAAGAGUAAGACUUACGGGAAUGUGCUGGUUCUGGACGGAUUAAUUCAAUGCACGGAGAGAGACGAGUUUUCCUACCAAGAGAUGAUCGCCAACCUCCCUCUCUGCAGUCACCCGAAUCCACGCAAGGUCCUCAUCAUCGGAGGAGGGGACGGCGGAGUCCUGCGUGAGGUGGUGAAACAUCCGUGUGUGGAAACGGUCGUACAGUGCGAGAUUGACGAGGAAGUCAUUAAUGUCUCCAAGAAGUUCCUCCCAGGGAUGGCGGUGGGGUACUCCAGUCCAAAGCUCAAGCUACACGUGGGUGAUGGCUUCCAGUUCAUGAAACAGAAUCAAGAUGCUUUUGAUGUCAUCAUCACAGACUCCUCCGACCCUGUAGGUCCUGCCGAGAGUCUCUUCAAAGAGUCUUAUUACCAACUGAUGAAGACGGCGCUGAGAGACGGCGGGAUCCUCUGCUGUCAAGGUGAAUGUCAGUGGCUGCACCUGGACCUCAUUAAGGACAUGCACAAGUUCUGCAAAUCUCUCUUCCCGAUAGUAGAAUAUGCUUACUGCACCAUCCCAACCUACCCCAGCGGCCAGAUCGGCUUCAUGCUGUGCAGCAAAAACCCCAAUACAAGUUUCCGGGAGCCGGUCCGGCAAUUGUCUCAGGAGCAAGUUGAUGAAAUGAACCUGCGAUACUAUAACUCCAGUAUUCAUCGAGCGUCCUUCGUUCUCCCAGAGUUUGCACGAAAAGCACUCAGCGAUGUGUGAUGUUCCCAGCAAGGCUGGCGCUUGUCUCUUCAGAGGCUCCGGACCUUUUAAUGGGAGAGAAGGCCAGGCGUCCCGUGAGGAUGGGGGAGAGAGCUGGACCUUCCCUCUCCAGGAUGAUCGUUCUGUACCAGUGCUGGCAACUGUGACCGGUGAACACGUCUCUCUUCUCAGGCCUACAAUCUAUGGGUACAACACAUUACAUUCAAUGCACGCAACUUAUAUGCUUCUGUUAACCCUUUCUGCCGCAGGAAACUGACAAGUCAACUGCAUCCAGAACUGUUAAAGCCGUGUUUCCCCCCCCCCCAACCUGUCUCCGAGGCCUGUGUAACGUUUUACAAAUGGACUUUUCCACGGGUGAAGUUUUUAGGGUCUUGAAUAUUUGAAUGAUGGGUUCUGGAAAUGGGACCGAUCUACUUCACGCUGUUAUUUCCAUUGCAGGUGGAAACGCCUGCUGGUCUUUUAUAGUGUUUGGGAACUCUUUGCAUGCUGCUAAUCUCCCUAGCCACCUGUUGAGUCCCCUUGUAGGGUGUGACUCUCGCCAGUAGAGGGCGGUAUGGCUGAGAGCUCCAUCCUUGCUGCUAGAGUCCCCAAAGAUUAUAAGAAGUUGGCACAUACCUCAAAAAAAAAACUUUUUCUUAAAAUUGCUUCAGGUGGAGUGACCCCCGUACACAGAAGCCAUCGGAUUUCCUUGUUCAAAACACCAGUCAUUGCCAGCAUCAUCUGUAUCCUGUAUAUGUUACAUAUAUCUAUAUAUUUAAUACCAGGUCACUGACCCACAAGCUGCUAAUCCCCCACCUUUUUGUUGCUGGUAUUUUGGGUAAGACAGGUGGGUCUGCGUAGUCAUCCCCCCCCCCCCCACCACCACCAACAAUGGUUCUUACCUAGUUGCUUUGCCAUGUGAAGGCCAGUUGACUGGAGUUUAGGGAUAUAGGGGGUGGUAGACGUUUGGGCUAAAAUGCUGUAAUCACUGGAUAUUAUCUGUCAAUAAACGAAACAUUAAAGCCGU